AUGGUCGUUGCUUGUGCUCUGCUGAUUCCCACGAAGCAAAAAACCUAUACACGAAAUCUGAAGGACAUUGCAAACAGCAUUGACCAUUCCGUCUCCCCAUGCAAUGACUUCUACCGGUAUGCGUGCGGCAACUGGAUAAAGAAAAUGUCAGAGAAAUAUCGCCACGCUUCAACGUUCGGUCUGUUGUCAUCAGAAGUGACAACACAAAUUGCUAAAACUAUCAACAAAAUGGAAAAGGAGCCAGCUCAGCCAUUUGAGAAAACCGUCGCUGCCUUCUUCAGAGCGUGUAAACAGAGUCAUACUACCAACCACGAAGUCAGAUGCAUCGCCAUUCAAAGGCUAAAAUCCAUGGGCGGAUGGCCAAUUAUUACACGUCACUGGAAUGCAUUGGCUCCAGGCUUCACCGUAUCGCAGACGAUAGGAUACAUUAUUAGUAAUUUUGGAGCACCAACAUUUGUGAACCCUUAUGUUUCGGUCAACUGGAACAACGUAGAUGAGAACGCAAUUUUUUUCGGAAUGCCAGUACUUACCGGGAAAGCCUCAUUUUAUCUUUCUGAAAAAAACCUGAACUCUCUCAAGGCCGUAAUCGUAGCAACGGCAAACUAUCUCAAAGAAAAUGACUUUAUUCAUUUGAAUCUGGAAGCAGAAGCGGAGAGCAUAGUUCUACUAGAAAAAGAUUUGGCUGAAAUGAUACUCAGGCAUUCCGUCGCUGACGACAACUAUAAAGCAAAAGACAAUCGAGUCUCAUACAUUACGCUGACGAGGAGAUGGCCGACGAUCAAAUGGCAAGAACUGUUUACAGGUCUCGGCCUAAAGCCAUUCGAGAAGCAGUUGGAAAAUACCACGUUUAUUGUGACUUCGCCAGCCGCAAUGGACUACGUGAUCGACGUUAUCGCUGAUGCAGAACACCGAACUCUUGUCAACUAUUUGUUAUGGAGCUCGCUUAGACAUCUCCUGCCAUUUAUUCUGGCUGACAUUACCAAAAAUUACAACUUGUAUCUGUCAAAUUCAGAUUCUGAAUGCGUUGACAUACUCGUCCAAGCAAUGCCUUUCGCCAUCGGCAGGGUAUAUACUGGUCAAGAUUAUUCUUCGGAAAAGAGAAUGAAAAUCAAGUACGACAACGAUUUUAGGCAACUUGUGGAAUUCACGGCUGAUGCAUUUGGCAGCAGAUUGAAGGCAUUAAAAUGGAUGGACGAUAAUUCGAAGAGCAAAGCUCUUCAGAAAGUGAAGGAUUUCGUAGAAAAUAUCGCAUAUCCUGACUGGACGAUGAUCGACUCGAGCAUCAAUGCCUAUUACGAAUCAUUAACCAAUGAGAUUUCGACCUCUGAUCCUUUCGUCAGCUUAACUACAAAACUUACAGCCUUUGAUGAAGCGGUCAACUUUCAGCAACUGCUCAAAAAACCAGAUCGGAAAGAUUUCCUCGGAUCUCCAGCGGAUGUCAACGCCUGGUACAUCGCACAGUACAAUUCAAUUACCAUACCCGCUGCCAUUGCGAAUCCAUCGUUCUACAGCACUGAAUAUCCCAUGGCUGUCAACUUUGGUGCACUCGGGGCUGUGAUAGGUCAUGAGAUGACGCAUGGAUUUGACAAUUCAGGAGUGCAGUUCGAUGCCAUCGGGAAACUUCAAAUGUGGAUGUCAGCAGCAUCUGAAAAAGGAUUUCAAAAAAUGGCGGAAUGUGUGGUUAACCAAUACAGUAAUGUCUGUUACAAGAAGGUGAACAAAUGUAUAAAUGGAAACCAAACAGAAGGCGAAAACAUCGCUGACAAUGGUGGCAUAAAAGCAGCGUUCUACGGCUACCAGAAUUACGUGAAAUCUUAUGGCCAAGAAGCACCAGUGAACAAUCUCAAGGAUUAUACGAUGAACCAGAUAUUUUUUCUAGCAUUCGCACAUUCUUGGUGCGAGAUCACCACUCCAGAACAACUGCUAAAACAACUGGACGGAGAUGUGCAUAGUCCAGCAGAUGCGAGAGUCAUUGAAACGCUGAAAAACUUUCCAGAGUUCAGUGCUGCUUUCAACUGCCCAAAGGGAACAGAAAUGAACCCAGAAAUCCAUUGUGAUGUUUGGUAA